UUUUCUGUUACGAGAAUGACUACUAUCAUCGAGAAUUACAUUCAUAGAUUAAGCUUGAAGUACCGCUACUUGAACGUAACUUCUGGUUUUGAUCACUUUUUUGUGGCAUGUCAUGAGAAUUGUGUAAGAGCUAGUAAAAAAGUAUCUCUUCUCAUGAACAACGCGAUUCGAGUUUUUUGUUCACCAUAUGAUGAAUCUGGAUAUAUUCCGGCUAAAGAUGUCUUACUCCCCCAAGUUAUGGAGCCAUUUCAUUGUGAAGAUGGUAGGAAUAAUGACUCAGAGAACAGGACAAUAUUUGGUUUGUGGGGAGGACCUACGAAUUCUUAUAUGCGACAAAAAAUGAAAGAACUUUUGGGGAAGGACCCAGAAUUUGAUCUGGGGAAAAUUUCCUACCGAGAGAAAUUCGUUAGGUCUAAGUAUUGCAUCUGUCACGGUACAGCCCAAAUCGGUACCUGCAUAGCGGACUCAAUCUAUUGUGGAUGUGUUCCUGUUAUUUUCUCUAGCUACUCAGAGUUACCAUUCAAUGAUGUUCUCGACUGGGACAAAUUUUCCGUAGUAAUUCUCAACGAGCAUGAAGUCUACGUCCUGAAGGAAAGACUAGAAUCGCUCACAGACACACAGUAUUUCUCACUGCAGGAAGGGACACACAAGGUUCAGAAGCACUUCCAGUGGAAUUCACCUCCAAAGAGAUAUGAUGCAUUUCACAUGGUGAUGUAUAAUAUCUGGCUGCGUAUAGCGUAGAAACUAGGAGUUGCCAGAAUGUGAUCCUCUGCUGCUUAUUUCUUCACACCUGAGCAGCAUCCAUCUCUGUACAGAUUGAAUAGCAGAUUACAGAUUGUACAGCAUACAAGUAGAACUGUCAUACUUUUACUAGGAAUACACUUUACAAGUUUCUUUUUGAGUUUAACAUGAUUUUUGAUAGUUGAAGAGUUAAGUCUGCUCUCUGUUGAAGCAA